GGUCCUACCUGCUCAGCCAGCCAGGCCCGGCCCGGCUCCACCCCUUGGCCUGCAGCCGACAGAAAGCUGCUCCACCCUCCAUUCAGCGUCUGGUCUUUAUUGUCGCAAGUUGAGAGGAUCCCAGCUGCUGCCAGCCUUCCUGCUGGCAACCAUUUGGGUCAGGCAACUCAGCCGCAGAGCAGAGGGCCGUGGAGCAUGCGAGGCAGCAGCCCUUCUCGGGCAGGAGUUUCAAGCUAGGUGAGAUGGAAGCCUGCCAUGUCUCACGGGCAACUUUGGACCCAAGAAGCAGAAGGCAGCAGCUGCUGAGCCACUUCCGGACUGCCUUACUUUGAAGCUGGGAGCAAGACAGGGAUGGGGACAAUCCCUUCGGAUUCAGCCCUUGGGGGGACAGAGCCAGCCGUUCUGGUUCUCCCCGAGAAGGAGGUGUCUGAGUUCAGGGCUGCACCCUCCUUGGGCAACGUUCAGCAAGGCUUGCUGCAGGAAGAGCGGACUGGUGCCCAGCUUAUAGAGGAUGGCAGUGAGGGCAAAGGGCCCAGGACUGAGCCAGCAGCAGAUGACCUUUUUGGAUCCGAGGGGGAGGAGGAGGAGGAGGAGCCAAGUAUCGCUUCCCCUGUUUGGCAUCCGAAAUUUGGUCUGGGUGAGCUGGGAGUGGAUUCUGGAGAGUCUCCUGUGACCGAAGAGGCCUGUGGCCCAGCUAGGCUUGCAAUCCUUGGGCAGGAGGAGGAGACGAACCGCCUGUCAGGAAAUGCGCCCCAGCUGCCUUUGGGGGAAGAGGAGGAGGAGGAGGAAAUGGAAGGGGUUUGCCUGCUGGGCCUGGGCAGGAAUGCCCAGGGGGCCGUGGUGCAAUCCUCCUGCAUCGAAGCCGAGGACCCUGUGGGGGGCGACGAGCAGGAGUGCCCCAUCUGCACUGAGCUCUACGACCAAGACCAACGCAAGCCAGCCUUGCUCAACUGCAGCCAUGUGCUUUGCAGUCAGUGCCUGCAGGCCAUCCUUCAGGCGGGCAGUGCAGCCGACAUUGGCCGCGUGCGAUGCCCCAUCUGCCGCCAGAAGACGCCCAUGAUGGAGUGGGAGAUCUGCAAGCUGCAAGAGGAGCUGCUCCUGCUGAGCGCUGCCCAGGGCCCAGCGCCCCCCGCCUUCAGUCCGCUGCCGCCCCGGCAGCCCGGGUUCUGGGGGGGCCUAGAGCACCACUUCCACGUCCGCUUCCACACCAGCCGCGUGAUGGGCUUCUUCCCCUGCCUCCGCUAUCCAGCCUGCCUGGUGGGCGGCCUGGCAGAGCUGGAGCGCCGAUGCCCCUGGUGCUACAGGACGGCUCUCUUGGCUCUGGCCACAGCGGAGAUGCUGAGCCUCUUGCUGGUCUUCCUGCCCAUCCUUUUGCUGCUGCUGCUGUUCCUCAUCUUGGACAAGUAGGACUCCCACUGGCCUGGCUCGGCUCCAGGGGGCUGCGAGUGAGGGUGGGGGCCACCAGCACAGCCUGCAAGCAACUCCGGACAGCUCUCUACAUGGCCACCCUGGGAACUGAGCAUGCCAUGGCACACCGCCCACUCCUCCACCAAGCAAGAAGCCAGCUCCUUGGGAAAGGAAGCUUUGGAAAGCAGAGGACGGUGGCAUUUGCAGGGGGCGCAGCUGAAUUGGAGAUGGCUCUGAGUGCCUGGGGAAAUGGGCCUUCUUAUCUGUGUCCAGCUAGGAGCACCUGGCCCACCUUGAGGCUGGGCAGGGGGUCUCCCAGCUGUGGGGGUGCAGCAGAGGGAGGGGCUGUCCCUGGGGCUCAACCAGCUGAGCUCUUGGCAGCAUGGCGUUCUGUGCUUUCUGAGGAAACUGGCCUUGUUUGGCCCAUGCCAGCCCUCUUGCCCAGGUUCUCCCCGCGAAGCCUCUGAUCCUUGCUCCCUCUGGGGGCUUCGCUCUGUCCUCCGCCCAGCCAGCAAAGACCUGAGGCUGGACAGGAGCAUCUGGCCUGGGUGUCACAGGGAACGGUUGUUGCUGCCGACAACAUCGUCCUCAUUGUCCAGAUGUAACAGGGCCGAGGGAAGAGAGGGAGCUGCCAGGCCAUCUGGGCAAGCAAACGCACAGGGUUUCUGGCUUGGCGUGACUCAGCAGGUGCCAGGCGCCCUCUGCUUGCUUGGUGGAGGAGGACAGAGGCGGGAGCGGCUGGCACGGCCUGCCCCAAGUGGAGGGGGAAGAGCAGGUCAGCAGCUGCCCAGAAGCCCGUUGGCUAUUCUGCUCCAGGAGCCUCUGUGGAUUGUCUCUGGCAAGGAGGUUUUGCAGCAGCUGCUUCCCCAGUCUGCCCACCUGGAAGACCCCCGUGCCCCUCCCUCCUGUCCCCCUGAAAGGCAAAACACCAGGUCUCUGGGGCAGACUCACAUAAAGGCUUUCCAAGAA